AUGAGUCUGGAGGAGUACGAUGAGAAAAUGAAGCAGUUGGUCGAGGACACAAACACGUAUGAGCCUUUGACUAGGGAGCCCACGGCUAAGUACCAACGAAUGAACAACAGCAUAGUGCAGCGUUUGCAUCAUUUACGUCUCAUCGAUGACAGAACGAAAUACCAACUUAAAAGCAGCAAUGCGAUAUGUCCUCGCAUAUACGGUUUACCCCAGGCACAUAAACAAGGCUUACCACUACGUCCGGUAGUCCCCAACAUAACUGCACCAACCUACAACCUAUGCAGAUACAUCUCCCGUAUUCUUCAAGCUUCAGUGGACAGUGUUUACAACGCAAAAAGUUCAAAUACUUUCUGUGAGUAUGUUAACCAACUAGAGGUUCCGCAGGACCACAUAUUAGUAUCGUUUGAUGUGGUUUCUCUUUUCACAAAUGUGACUAAACAUGCUGUGACACAUGACGUUAUAAUGAUGUGGGAUGAGAUAAAGAAAAACACGGAAAUUAAUCUGGAUUUAUUUCUCGAGAUUCUGGAAUUUUGCAUCGAUGCCAGUUUCUUUGUUUUCCGUGGGAAGUUUUUCCACCAACGAUCGGGAACUGCAAUGGGCAGCCCUUUGUCACCUAUUCUGGCCGACAUAGUGAUGAACAACAUUAUUACCAAAGCAGCGCAGGCCGCAGGCAUUCCCACCCAUCACAUUAGAAAGUAUGUUGAUGACCUUUUCGUGCUGAUCCAUAGGGACAGAGUACAAGAAGUUCUCGACAUCUUUAAUCUGCAGGAUGAAAACGUACGUUUCACUUGUGAAGUGGAGGAGAAUGGUAGACUACCGUACCUGGAUAUGCUGCUAAUUAGAACCGACGACGGAAGGAUCCAAACGGAUUGGUAUGCCAAGCCGAUGGCAUCAGGCAGAAUGCUCAAUUAUCUCUCGUUCCAUCCAAUGGCUCAAAAAAUCGGGGUUGUCUUCAAUUUCAUUGACCGGGUUCGAACGUUGAGCACCUUUCGCACGGAGGACGAGAAAAAACAGAUUAUAACUAAAAUGCUACUAAGUAACAACUAUCCACUGCGGGUUAUCAACUGA